GAGUCGGAUCAUCUCGGGGUCGGUCGUACGAUGUUGUGGGUACCAUCUGCACGUUGAUAUAGUGGCGAACACAAUGAAUCAUCUCGAUUCUCGGGGAAUGAACGAAUCGGCCAGUCUGUGAACGAAAUUCGUGUGUGUAAAAGUUCAGGUGUUAGUAUAGUGCAGGUGAUGAUCUGAAACGUUUGGGAGCUGCAUCAUAGGAACUUUGCUCGUCGAGUUGUCGCUGAAAUAUAAGAUGACUCAACUGUUCUAAUUGAUGACGUAAUGACUGGAAACAAACACAGAGAAACUAAAGACCAGAAAGAAGUCGAUCUAGAUGUAAUCAAUUGUAACAUACCAGAAGACACUUCUCACUAUACGAGUUCAGAUAAAAAAGCACCGAACUUGGCAACCUACUAUUUCAAACACGAAGACACAGAUUCGAGCAUGGAUAAAGUCGAGCAACAAAGUGCCAUCGAAGAAGAAGAAACCGUCGCGCAGAACACUCAAGACGAAUGUUCGGAAGAAGGAUACACGAAACACCAAGAAACGAAAGAAUCAAACUCUCCAACGAAAAACGAAGAUACUAACCCCUACGAACCUCCUAAAGUGAAGCUUCGGGAAAAGAACUUCACCCAGGUCCGACCAAAAUCCAUUCCAGAAGAGAAAAUACGGAAACUUGUACAGAAAGUCGAGGAGCUGGUGAGCGCCGAUAGGAGGAGCCUCAACAAAAUAACUAGAAUGAAUACGUGGAUCGCUCUGGACAAACCCGACGACAGCUGUGACGCGAGCGGCGAAGAUGACGAAAGAGAAUCUCAAACCUCCGAGGAUUUUAACGAAAGUUCGACAACCUUGCGGGAGUAUUCAAACUCGCAAAACACCUCGUUCGACGAACUAAACUCGAGUAAAGGAAGUAGACAGUGGCUGGAAUCAAUGACUCCGUUCGAAGGCGUUUCUUCUACUCCUGGUAUCAACAGUUUUUCCAUAUCAGAGUCAGCACUUCACAGAAUGAACCUCAAUCCUAAAGAACAGUAUAGGUUUUCCACGUCAUUUUCCACAGUUAGCAGUAAUAACGUCAACAUAAAUUCGAAUAAUUCGACGUCUUCCACUGUCGAAGAAAUACCACCUCUCAUAACAGAAAAAGCAUCGCCGAUGCGAAAAAAGAAGUCCAAACUGAAGAAGAAGGCUAUGUCAUUGAGGUACGAAUCUUGCACCUUGAACAUCCGACAACCUCAAUAUCGACCAAUCAACUGA